GGAAGGGUCUCCGGCGGCGGGGAGGGGCGUGCGCGCGCGAUCUCGAGCCCCGGCGAGCAGUGUGCGCCCCGAGGCUGGACUUCUGCGAGCCCGUGUGUGUCGGCGCAACUUUGGGGUCUGGUGUCUGCUGGCGCGGUCGGGCGCCCGGGUCUGUGUAGUGCCCGUCGCACAGUGUACCUUGUGCGGCGGGAGCCGGUCUUCGGCGCCCUGUGCUGUGCCCAUGGGUCGUGCGUCCAGGGGGUGGACGCGCACUCGCGUGUUACAGGUAUCCGACCUUUGUAGAAACUCUGUCGGGCUGUCUCCAGGUCCGUAUCGGAACGUGCUCUCCGUCUCGGCGCUUUCCGGGUCUGGGAGUGGAACUGCGUCGUGUGUCCACGCACUUGCUGUAUUGUGGUCCGGCGGCUGGAUGUAUCCGGAGAUGGAUACGUCUGUGGAGCCUUCAGCCACUGCUACAGGCUGGUGGACAUGUCCACCAGUGCCGUGUUUGCCCUCAAGGUGGUGCCUCGUGCCGGGGGCGCGGCUGGGCGACUGUGCCCCAACGGCAAGGUGGAACGGGAGAUCGCCCUGCACAGCCGCCUGAAACACCGUAACAUCGUAGCCCUCCACGGACACUUUGCUGACCGAGAGCACGUGUACCUCGUGUUGGAGUACUGUGGCCGCCAGUCGCUGGCGCACGUCCUGGAGGCGCGGCGGACUCUGACGGAGCCGGAGGUGCGCUACUACCUGCGGGGCCUGGUCAGCGGCCUGCGCUACCUGCACCAGCGGCGGAUCGUGCACCGCGACCUGAAGCCCAGUAACUUCUUCCUGAACAAGAACAUGGUGGUAAAGAUUGGAGACCUGGGGCUGGCUGCCAGGGUGGGGCCAGGGGGCCACUGCCACCGAGUGCUCUGCGGGACCCCAAACUUUCUGGCUCCAGAGGUCAUCGCCAGGAAUGGGCACUCCUGCCAGUCAGACAUAUGGGCUCUUGGCUGCGUCAUGUACACAGUGCUGACCGGUACCCCUCCCUUCACGGGGGCUCCCCUGUCGGAGAUGUACCAGAACAUCCGGGAGGGCCACUACCCUGAGCCAGCCCACCUGUCACCCAGUGCCCGCCGCCUCAUCGCCCGCCUGCUGGCACCCAACCCGGCAGAGCGGCCCAGUCUGGACCACCUGCUCCAGGACGAUUUCUUCACACAAGGCUUCACUCCAGACCGGCUGCCAGCCCACUCCUGCCACAGCGCACCCAUCUUCCCCGCACCCCAGCCUCUGGGCCGGCUCUUCCGGAAGGUGGGCCGGCUGCUGCUGACCCAGUGCGGGCCGCCCUGCCCCUUCACCCCCAGUGAGGUGUCAGGUCCGGUAGGAGGUGCUUCAGAUCCGGACUCCGAGGGGUGCGGCAGCGAGGCCUCCCUGUUGGACAGAGGGGCUCUCCACCCCGAGGUCCCCGUCCACCUACUCACCCAAGGGACCCUCAGGAGUGACCCAGCGGGGCCGAAUGGGAGGCAGAGGCAGGAGGUCGAGGUGGCCGUCAGAAACCUGUCACUCUGCCUGGACCAUGGCCUCCCAGCCAUGCAGGGCCCCCCAGGGGAGCAGCGGCCCACCCUCUGGGCCCCCAAGUGGGUGGAUUAUUUCAGCAAGUACGGCUUCGGCUAUCACCUGUCGGACGGGGGCAGCGGUGUCCUGCUUCGGGACGGCACACACAUGGCCCUGCGCCCCCCAGGGGACCGAGUGUGCUAUGUGCCUGGCCGGGGGAAGCUGGAAACGUUCGCCCCCAGGGACGUGCCCAGCCCGCUGGGCGCCAAGCUGGCCGUCCUCCGGCUGUUUGCCCGCUGUAUGCAGCAGCGGCUGCGAGAGGAGGGGGGCCGGCCCACGCCCACCCCGCCCGCGGCCCCCGGCCUCUGCCUGCUGCGCUUCCUGGCCUCGGAGUGGGCUUUGCUGCUGCUGUUCAGUGACGGGACGCUGCAGAUAAGCAGCAGUGGCGACCGGACUCACCUGGUGCUGGGUGGCUGGGGCGACGAGCUGCGGCUCACCGUCUGGGAAGGCAGCUGGCCCGGCGCCCCUGACCCCCCGGGCGCUCUACAGAGCCCCAGCCCCAGCCUGGCUGCCCAACCGCUCCUUGUGCACGCUCUGCACAUGCUGCAGAGCGUCUAGGGUCCCCCAGCAAGGGGACCAGCCCCUUGGCUCCAACCCAGCGCCCCUGGGGGCCGCCCUGGGACCGUGGGAGGUGAGGGUCCUUGCCUCGGGUCGUGACUGUGCAACCCAGACUUCUGUUUGGCUUUUGUUCUUUUAUCAUUAAAGAGGAGUGGACUGUCUCGCCUGCGGCCUGCCUCU